ACUAACAUCUUUGGCAUCAAAAGCAUGUUAAACACAUUUUCGAUUAAUAAUUGCCAGCGCAUGGCAUUAAAUUGCCCUUUAAGAUCUCAUCGACAGGCACAAAGCAAUGUUUUGAUUUGUGCGCUUUUGUCACCUACCCCGGGGGCACUCCCGAAGCCAGCAUUCAACACGAGCCAGCCAGCCAGCCAGCCCGUAUUGCUGUUCAACUUCACCAUCGUCCUUUUCUUCAUCAUAGUAAGCCACUCCACAGAAAAUGCCGUGCCAGACACACUGGCGGCUGACUGCUGUCGCGCCGAACUGUCUACCAAAGACGCAACUUACAAGACAGCACACAGUGGGUUUCUUUUGUUUGUAGGCUUCUACCGAAAGGUUUGCUACUUUAUACUGUACUUCUUUUUCCUCCCCGUAGAACACCGUGCGCACCUUCUUUGCAGGAUCGUUUCAGGGUUCCUCCUGUAGGCCUAUAGGCUUCCUAUUCCACCAACGGGGCGGAGUUCAGCACGCUCGAGUGUGUAGAUCAUCCGUCUUGUCGUCAGUUCGAUUCGACCGAGAGUCCGUUUUAUGGCAUCAUGAUAGACACUGGAAAGUGCAAUGAAUAACUAAUGAAAAACAAGAGGAAGAGAAGCAGGAUAGCGAGAUAGGGCGAGCGAGAUGGGGAAGGGAUCAGAACCAUCGACCAUCUGUUAAACUGGUAGGUGACGAAUCGCUGUUGUAUUGCUGAUGGGGGAAAUGGGCUGCCUUAGUUUCCCUGCUUUGCUACCGGGACCAGGCUCCCUGUCGAGGUUUUCCCUAUGCCAGGUAUCGCCCUCUACCGUUGUUGACCUAUCCCUCAUCAUGCCAUCCUCAUCGUUAUCCCUCCCGACCAAUGGUAGCUUCUGUUCCGAAUUAACCGUAGCGUAGGGGAAAAGGACCUUUUUUCUGUUGGCUUUCGGUAGUUUGUGUGUGUGAAGGCCGCCUAUAAAUACCCUUCCCACCAUGGGAUCUUCACUGCAGUCUGAGAUUUGAGCUAGCGAAGUGAAGUUCUCGUGUGUCCCGGGAACGUGCUUGAGAGUUCCGUCGAACAGUUUCUGUGAUCUUCAAACCUCAUACCUCAGUGCCUACCCAAAAACCAGUGAACACAAACAGCGAAAAUGUCGCGAUCGUUUCUAGUGGACUCGUUAAUCAGUGAUAAGCCGGCGCCGGUGAAGAAAAGCUUCCCUUACGUGGGACCGUUCACACAACUGCCCGUAACACCGCCGGGAGCAGCCGCCCUGCCCUACUCCGCCUGCUACGUUGGCAACUAUCUGUUCUCGCUCGGAUUACAACAGCAGCAGCAGCAACAGCAACAGCUCCUCCAACAACAUCCCCCGAGUGUGUUUCCCCACGCCGCACUACCUCACACACCCACCAACCAGCCCAUUGUGCCGUUCUGGCAAGCGGACCUGAAGCCCGAACUGUCCCCGAAGCUGUACCAACCGACGGACGUGUCACCGCCGAAGCUAUCGCCCAAGGAAGACUACUACCGCAAGCUGUACCGGUGCGAAAAGACACCGGAACGGUACGCCCCGUACCUAGCCGUCCGUCCAGUAGAGUCACUGACCAGCGGGAGCAACGUGGCAGCAGGAGCAGCCGGAGCAUCAGCCAGUACACCGCCCACCAUUCCCUCGGCCAGCCCUUCACCGACGCGCUCCACCGAUCUGUCCCAGACGUACACGAUCGACGAUGAGCUGUCAAGCAAGCGCAUCCGUACGGCGUUCACCAGCACGCAGCUGCUCGAGCUGGAGCGCGAGUUUGCCGGCAACAUGUACCUGACCCGGUUGCGUCGCAUCGAGAUCGCCACGCGGCUUCGGCUGUCCGAGAAGCAGGUCAAGAUCUGGUUCCAGAACCGGCGCGUUAAGCGCAAGAAGGGAGACGCACCGUUCGGGGCCGAGCUCACCGGUGGAGUGUCAUCCCCCGUCGGUAGUCGGAAUUCGCCCAAAGAGCAGCAGCAGCUGCACGGUCAGCAUUGUUGCUGCCGAGGAUCACACUGCGGUGGUGGUGGUGGAUCCGAUUCCGAGGAUCUACCCCAACGAUCAGCAGAAGAUCGUACGCACUCUCCCGUCGGCAGUCAGCAGCAGCAGGAAAAGGCGUGGGACUUUAGCAAAGCCUAUCCAAGUCAUUAGAAGACAUGCAGGCGAGGUCGUCAGCCCAGUGAUGCGUGUGCGUGUAAAUAGUUGCAAGUCGUUGUAGAUAAGAGGAGCAGACAGAGAUGUAUAUUUUAUCUAUAAAAGAAACAUGUU